CGGCCUUCUCCUAAACAAGAGGAAACCAUCCCGCGCUGAAGUACACCUCGACAUACAUUGUAGUCUCCCGCUCUGACAUAUGUCUUCCUCUAGUGGUUUGCACACCUUUGUGGCGAUAAAUGACAUCACUCAGCAAUCGUCGUCGGAAACCCAAGGCCCCUUUUGCACAUUGCCGACACUGUCAACCAAUUAAAUUAUAAUUGAAUACUCACUUCUCCCCAUCAAACUUGGUCUGACAAUGAAUGCUGUCGUCAAGGCAGCAAGGGAACAAACCCUCUGCCCAGUAUGUGGGGACCGCUUCAAAGAACCGAAGACGUUAUCUUGUGUCCAUUCCUUCUGCAAGAAAUGCAUCGCGGAUCACAUCGUCAAGACGACAAAGAACCAAUCAGACCCAUCGGCUUUCAAUUGUCCAGUCUGCCGAAAGGAGACCCCCAAACCCGACAAUGGUCCAACCUUGACAUGGGCGGACCAUCUACAGACGAAUGACGCACUAACAAGUAUUUUAGAGGCUUUUGAAUCCGGAACUAAUCUUAGAACGUGCCCACAUCAUUCGGACAAGGAGAUCGAGUUUUACUGUGAAGAUCACAGCCUCUCCCUUUGUUCUUGGUGUGCCACUAUCGCCCACAAGAAGUGUGAGGGCGUGGUCCCUAUCGAGGAAGCGGCCGAGAGACGGCGAAUUGACAGCGGGAGAUUGGCUAAUGUCCUGAUGGAACAGUCCUCUCAUACUGAAAAAAUUCUAAACGACAGAAGAAGCCAGUUAGAAUCCUUGGAUCGAACCGAGGAUGACAUCAAAGCUCGUUUGACGAAUUUGCGAAAGAAAACUAUGGAGGCUUUGGAUGCCCUCGAAAAUAAAGUGAUAAAUGAACUUAUGCUAAAGAAGAAUAAAGAAACAGAGGUUUUAAGACUGGAGGUGGAAACGUGCGAGGACAUUUUGAAAGACACGCGGGAAUGUUUGGAGUCGUUCCAGGAGUCCGUUCAGAAUGAACAACCAAUAGAUUUUGUGACGUCUUAUUUGAAACAAUUCGAAAUGUUUCAAAACAGGCAAAUAGCUUUAUUAAACUUUUCCAAAAAUCUAAAGAGUGUGAAAGUUAUCUUUAUCACCGAUAGAUCAGUGGACCAAAUUCUGAAACAGAUCAAGUCAUUGGGUACUUUGUCUGUUGAAAAAACACCAAGUCGAUAUGCACUACCUUAUGCGAAAUCAUAUACAGAGAGCAGACAAAGCGUCCUACAAACACCAAGGUCUAUCUCCUUGUUACACAGAGGCAGCACAUCAUACCGGCUAAUGUCCAGAGCUUCCAUAGUCAAAGAUAGCCAAUCAAUCCCAAGUUACACAUCGAGACCAAUUUCGUUUCGGCAUCGCGCCAUUUCUACUUAUUCGAAGGCAUCCAGUGUGGAACCAUUCCGAAACAAGCAGGAAUCCCAGAACACAUCGCCAACACCGAGAAGUGGAAGGUUGGAUGGAAACAAAACAACAAGAGAUUUAACCCAAUCAAGGCCGUCUGCGGACAUCAUGGCUAAAAAUGGAAAACUGAUACAGGCAAAACUCAGGUCAACCUUCGAUGCCUCUACCCCGGAUCAGAACGAAUGUUCCAUUGAAGGUGCAACAGUUUUGGCAUCUGGUCACGUGGUUCUUGCCGACUCCUAUCACAGUUCACUGAAGUUGUUUGACCAAAAAUACAGUUACAUCGGGUGCAUCAAGUUUUCAACAGCUCCUGGUGACGUCACCGCAUUUCAAGACGAUGAAGUGAUUGUCUGUUUACCAGACACCAAGCAACUUAAGCAUGAAAAGUUGAAAAAUAAUAAACUUAUCCCGGGGGAAUCACUUGCGGUCGGGGACAGAUGUACGUCUGCAAGUUACAACAACGGUAUUCUGGCCACCUGUUCAGGCAGCACGGUGCACGUUUUCAAACGAGAGGAAGGUCGCUGGAUCCGGAUCCUUCUGCAGAAGUUGGAUGUCGACAACCUCAUGUACAUUGCAGUCGACAAAGAAGGGGAGAGAAUUGUGGUCACCAAGAACGGUUACCCCAAUCGACCCGUGCUCUGUUUGAAUAAAAAUGGUCAGAAAAUAUGGAGCUUUACGCACGAGGAGAUCCGCCUGCCUCGCGGUAUUGCAUUCUUUGGGGACCAGAUUCUGGUCGUGUCGUGGGACCAACAGCGCAUACUGCAGCUCAACAAAGAGGGUAAACUGGUGGGUGCGGUUGUUAAGGACGGCCUUCAGUGGCCUUGGAAAUUGUGUAUCAGUCCUCUCAAUGACAAACUGUUUGUGACUCAGUGCUAUUACAGACUAUCGCUGAAAGAGAAGAACACAAUCAAAGUCUUCUCGCUCAAAUGACAUAACCGCUUUGAUAGCUCAAGGUUUCACAAUUUGUUGUGUUAUUGGCUAAAAGAUAAGAGAGUACAUGUACAUAUAUUUUACCCGAUAGUUCUUAAAAUGAUUUAGUAUGGUUUUCAUAUCGGCACCAGCGCCAGAUCUUAGCCAUGCUGACUUGAUCGCCCGUUACAAGCUUUGUUCACGCGUGGUUGGAAUAAUGACGGUAGUGUUUCUUUUCAGUUUUUAUUUUCAAAUAUUUCGUAUUUUACGAUAACUCAU